AUGGCCAACGCAUUGGACCAUAUGAAUGCUGGACGCACUCGUGUCGAGUGGCUGUCUCAGCUCAACACCGAAUACCAACCCCCCAAGAACUACCGGCGUACCUCGAUUAUCUGCACCAUCGGUCCCAAGACAAACUCCGUGGAGAAGAUCAACAUGCUUCGAAAGGCAGGGCUGAAUGUUGUCCGAAUGAACUUUUCCCACGGCUCAUACGAGUACCAUAAGUCUGUCAUUGACCAUGCCAAAGAGGCCGAGCGCCAAAUGGACGGUCGUCCGGUUGCCAUCGCUCUGGACACGAAAGGACCAGAGAUCCGUACUGGAAACACGAAAGGCGACGAGGACUUCCCCAUUAGCAUCGAUGACGAGAUCCUCUUGAGCACGGACGAUCAAUACGCUACCGAGAGCGACAACAAGGUCAUGUAUGUUGACUACAAGAACAUCACCAAGGUCAUCGAAAAGGGUCGAACCAUUUACGUCGACGACGGUGUCCUCUCCUUUGAAGUCCUCGAGAUUGUGGACGAUAAGACCCUUCGGUGCCGCUGCAUGAACAAUGGCAAAAUUUCGUCGCGCAAGGGUGUCAACCUUCCCAAGACUGAUGUCGAUCUCCCCCCUCUAUCCGAGAAAGAUAAGAAGGAUCUCCGAUUCGGUGUCGAGAACGGAGUCGACAUGGUCUUUGCAUCCUUCAUUCGCUCGGCAUCCGAUGUCCUGGCCAUUCGCGAAGUUCUCGGUGAAGAAGGAAAGGACAUCCAGAUCAUCUCCAAGAUCGAGAAUCAGCAAGGUGUGAACAACUUCAACGAGAUCCUGAAGGAGACCGACGGUGUCAUGGUUGCGCGUGGUGACCUUGGCAUCGAGAUCCCUCCUGCACAGGUGUUCAUUGCCCAGAAGAUGAUGAUCACCAAGUGCAAUCUUGCUGGCAAGCCCGUCAUUUGCGCCACGCAGAUGCUGGAGAGCAUGACCUAUAACCCUCGUCCCACCCGUGCCGAAGUGUCCGAUGUGGGCAACGCUGUUCUCGACGGAGCGGAUUGCGUCAUGUUGUCGGGGGAGACGGCCAAGGGCAAUUACCCCAAAGAGGCCGUGUCCAUCAUGCACGAGACCUGCCUGCUGGCCGAAGUGGCCAUCCCGUACGUCAGCGCAUUCGACGAGUUCCGACGCGUCACCCCGGUCCCGAUUCCCACCACGGAAACCUGCGCGAUGGCCGCCGUCAGUGCGAGUCUGGAACAGGUUGCAGGAGCCAUUCUUGUCUUGUCUACGAGCGGAAACACUGCUCGUCUCGUCUCCAAAUACCGACCUGUCUGCCCGAUCAUCAUGGUCACCCGAAAUGAGCGCGCAGCUCGAUACUCGCAUCUCUACCGCGGGGUCUACCCCUUCUACUUCCCCCAACCCAAGCCCGACUUCAAGACAGUCCCGUGGCAAGAGGACGUCGACGCGCGACUGAAAUGGGGCAUCCAAAACGCCAUCAAUCUCGGCGUCCUCAAGGAAGGCGACCCCGUCGUCUGUGUCCAGGGCUGGCGCGGCGGCAUGGGCCACACCAACACGCUACGCAUCGUCGUGGCGACGAAAGAUCUAGGGUUGCAAACCGACUAA